GUAAAAAAACUCCCAUCUGCAGCUGUCAAAGUUUUGUUUUUAGUUUGCUUUAAGCGGGGUUUUGGGAGAGGGAACGGAACAGCAGCGGAUUAGCGCGAUUUAUUUCAGUUUCGCUUCGCCUGGGGAGAAGGAUGAAUUAGAAAUCAACGUUUUUCACACGGACGCGGUUUCUGGAGUGAAUCCAGGUUUUGAGCUGCACUUGCCUCCUCAUGCGAAAGACAGAUUCACUCUGUGCUCAUUUCCUGGAUUCGUGAUUUCAGAGUUACAGCAACUUCUGCAAUCCUCUCAGCGGCUCAGUGUUUAUUGUGCGCGAGGGUCCCGCAAACACAAGGCAAUGCUGCAGCUCACAGCACACACUGCCUUUCUGCCAAUGGGACAUACUCAUAUAAUUCCACAAUUGUGAAAUCUGCAAGGAGUGUUUGAUUCAGUCAUGGAUGGAUCUACGAACAGUCUUGAUGAUGUGUCAGCAGAAAGCAGCACAGAGUAUCCCGACAAGCUUUCUACAAUGGAGGUGCGUCUCCAAGCACAGGAAGAUGAAAUAACGCUACUGAAGUCCUCAUUGGCCGAUGCUUUACGCAGGCUCCGCCUCCAUGACCAACAGAUACCCCUGCUUAAACAGCAGCUGAUUGCUGUAAACCCUGCUGCUGCUCGAGUGCUAAAUCAGUCCUGUUAUGUGGAUGGAUUCUCUAAACCAUGCAGACUGUCUACAAGUUCUCUUGAUGGAUUUAACCACACACCUAACAGCCUUAUUUCAAACACAGCAGAAAAUGGGGAGGGCGGGGCUAAAACCAUUCCCAGCCACAAACCGAGCACUAGCGAGAGGUGCACACAGACUGAUCCUUGGAUCCCGAACCACGAGCCCUUUCCGCUGGCCCUGACACGACGUGUGCAGAGUCUCUCCCUGGAGGACGCCUUACUGGAAGGCACCCCCUUCACAGAUGAAAUCCAAACCAAAGAGGAAGACGCUGAUGAAGAUGAGGGGAAGAAGGACCAAACCUGGAGCUCCAUAGUUGAAGACCCCAUCCAGCCCACCACCAUCAGAACCCUCCAGCAGCAGCACAGCAAAAGCAGCGAGGACAGCCAGGGUUCAUGUCCUCAAACCCCAACAUCUUCCUCACCGGCACCCCCAAAAGAGCCCACAUCCAGCCCACAUGGGGGUCCUCUCUCUCCCAUUCAGGAAGGAGAGAAAACACUGGCGAGGAGGAACAGUGAGAAAUGGAAAGAACCUCAAGACAAGACCAAACAGCGGCUCUCUAAGAAAGCGGCCUCUUCUACCAAUUUACUCACAAGGUCUCCAAGUCUGGAAAGUCGGGCAAAAGACCUCAUCGCCAGUGCUGGUUCUCAGGGGUCUAGACGAGGAACUCAAAAUCAGUCAAUCAAGAUGUUUAUCCGUGGGCGACCGAUCACCAUGUACAUUCCUUCAAACAUUCAAAACUACGAGGAGCUGAAAAUGGAUCUUCCGUCACAGAAACUGGAUCUGGACUGGGUCUAUGGUUACCGGGGACGGGACUGCCGAGCAAACCUUUACCUGUUGCCAUCUGGAGAAGCAGUUUAUUUUAUUGCAUGUGUGGUGGUUCUGUAUCAUAUCAGCAACCAAAAGCAAAGACAUUAUCGGAAGCACACAGACUGUGUCAGAUGUCUCGCCAUUCACCCAGAUAAGGUGCGCGUUGCAUCUGGACAGACAGCAGGUGUGGACAAAGAUGGCAAGCCUCUUCAGCCCUUUGUGCACAUCUGGGACUCUAAAACGCUAGUGACACUGCAGCAGAUUGGUCUCGGCAUAUUUGAGCGAGGUGUCGGAGCCAUAGCAUUUUCCAAUUCAGAUGGUGGUACAUUCCUGUGUGUUAUUGAUGAUUCCAAUGAGCACAUGCUUUCUGUGUGGGACUGGAAUAAAAACAUAAAGCAAGCCGAAGUCAAGAGCACUAAUGAGGCAGUUUUGGCUGUGGAUUUCAGCCCUACAGACACCAACAACAUCAUCUCCUGUGGCAAAUCCCAUGUCUACUUCUGGACAAUGAGUGCUGGCACAAUGACCAAGAAACAGGGCAUCUUUGGAAAAUACAAAAAGCCAAAGUUUGUGCUGUGCUUCGUGUUCAGUCUUACGGGGGAUGUGUUGACGGGAGACUCCGAGGGGAACAUUCUCACUUGGGGAAAAUCAGCUGCUGACAUCAAAACAUUAGGAAAAGGAGCAAAGGAGACGUUUCAGAUCAUGAAGCAGACCCGUGCUCAUGAGGGCAGUGUGUUCACUAUGUGCAUCCUGCAGGGCGGCGCUAUACUAAGCGGUGGCGGCAAAGACCGCAAGAUCAUCCGCUGGAGUGCAGACCUGGCGCCUGAAAGAGAGUGUGAGAUUCCUGAGAAAUUUGGAGCAGUGCGCACCAUUGCAGAUUUAGAUGGAGAAGAGCUGCUCGUUGGCACAACACGAAAUGCAAUCCUCAGAGGGACAUUUUCAGACGGUUUUGUGGCCAUUGUACAGGGACAUGUGGAUGAAAUGUGGGGUCUUGCCACACACCCCACUCAAAAUAUCUUUGUUACCUGUGGAAAUGAUCGUCAGCUGUGUGUGUGGAACGCAGAGGACCACAGACUGGACUGGUGCACAACACUAGAGGACUCUGGUCUGUGUGCUGAUUUCUGCCCUAAUGGAGCUGUUGUGUCUGUUGGACUGAGCACUGCAAGAUGGGUUGUGCUGGAUCUGCAGACUAAAGAAGUGGUGGCAGACCUGAUUGACGGCAAUGAACAGUUGUCUGUAAUGAGAUACUCACCAGAUGGCAGCUUUUUGGCAGUUGGUUCGCAUGAUAACUUCAUCUACAUUUACAGCGUCACCGAGGGUGGCCGGCGCUACACGCGAUUUGGAAAAUGCACUGGACACUCCAGUUUCAUUACUCACCUCGACUGGUCCAAAGAUGGGAAAUUCAUCAUGUCUAAUUCGGGCGAUUAUGAAAUUCUAUACUGGGAUGUGGCAAGCGGCUGCAAGCUGUUGAGGAACCGGUUCGAGAGUAAAGAUCGGGAGUGGGCGUCCUAUACCUGUGUGCUUGGAUUCCAUGUUAUGGGUGUGUGGCUGGAGGGGUCAGACGGGACAGACAUCAAUGCCUUGUGUCGAUCACACAGUGAGCGAAUGGUGGCAGUGGCCGAUGACUUCUGUAAAGUUCAUUUGUUCCAGUACCCUUGUCCCAAGCCAAAGGCUCCAAGUUAUAAGUAUGAAGGCCAUGGUAGUCACGUGACCAACGUUCGGUUUACGCAUAAUGACAGUCACCUCCUAUCAUUGGGCGGCAAAGACACCUGCAUCCUCCAAUGGCGAAUGAAAGGGGCGGGGACUGCGGAACCAAAAGAACAUUCAGCUGCUGCUUCUCCUCCAGAAAAUGGAACAUAGAGAGACUUAUUUACCUGGAAUCCAGAGGGCAAAAACAGGCAUGAAGAUAUUCUAGGAAAUGAAACAAGGAGGAAAUAUCUUACUGCUCAAUCUGAUGUGACAGGAAGCCUUUGGUAGGUUAUGCCAGCUUUUGUGACACAGCGCAGAAGUUAUAUACAUACUGCAUAGCUAUUCACUACCAACGUUUUUUCAUGAACUGAUGUGUUACAUGGUGGGCGUUAUUAAAAAAUUGUGAAAUGUCACAUUGCAUUCCGAAAUAUCAAAAGAAAUUAAUAAUAAAUAUGAUAAUAAUUAUUAAAAAUAUUUUUUUUAAAGUUCUUUUAAAUUAUUAAAACUUUUUGAAUAAUUUAAUUACAGAUUUUUGCCACUUAUUUUUAAGACCAAAGAAAUUGGGCUCAAAAUAUUAUUCAAACAUAUAAAUUAUUGAAAUUUCUCUCUUUUCAGUGUAUCACAACAAAAGGGUUAUUAAAUCAAAUAAACCAAUCUUUUAUGUUCUUUAAUUUGAGCAAUAAAUAGAAAUAAAACAAAUAAACAAAAAAAUUUUAAAGUUUUUUUAUUAAGUUCUUUUAAUUAAAAAACUUUUUAAUAAUUAAUUAUUAAACUAUUAAAAUAUUUUACUUGUUUUUAUACACUGUAUGCAACUUAUUUUUAAGGCCAAAAAAAUUGGGCACAAAAUAUUAUUCAAAAAGUAUAUUAUUAAAUUAAUAAUAAUAAUAAUAAUAAAUACAAUUGCUGUGUCUUUCCAGUGCAACACAAGGGUUCCUUAAAUGAAAUAAGACAAUCUUUAAUAUGUUUUACAUUUAUGAUUAAAAAUAAAUAAUAAAUUGAUAUUAUUAAUCAUUUAAUAAUAAAUUAUUAAAGUUUUUAAUGACAAAAUAAAAAACUUUAAUAAUUUAUUAUUAAAUUAUUAAAAUAUUUUAAAAUGUUUUUAUAUACUAUAUGCAAAUUACAGUUUUUUGUAUAUAGUAAAUAAAUAAACUAAAAUUUGCCACAAAAACUUAUUCCCACAAUAAUUUGAAUUUCUGUCUUUUCAGUGCAUCACAACAGAAGGGUUUAUUGAAUGAAAUAAAAUAAUCUUUACUUUCUACGUUUAUGAUUCUUUCCUCAGUGUACCUCUACAUUUACAUGUGCUCGUUUAUGCCAUUAUGCCUUUCAUAUGCUUAUUUUAAUCAUCCGCAUUGAUUUUUUUUCCCUGGCCAUGAAAUACUACAUGCAUAAUUGUGUUAUUGCAUUAUUAACCAAAACUCAUGUGUCGCUGUGAAGCAUGGUGUAACUGACAGCAGGAUAUUCCUGACUUUAUUUGACCAAAAUACAUCCAAAAGGCUUGUGUUUUAUGGAGUCAGCGUGUUUAACAAUGUGAAAUAUAUGUGAUUUUUAAUCAAUAAAUAUGCUUUAAAGUAAGCUUUUUUCUCUGUCUGUACUUCUAAAUUCGGAAUUAAAUGUGAAAAUGGAGCUUUCAGGACAGCUAAAUGACAUCUAGAGGACAAUACGAGGAAGAGUUUUUAAUGAUGGCUGUGAUGAGCUCUGUCGACCUGUUGAUGGCAGUGUUGCGUCAGUUUUCUCCGUUCUAAUCUGAUCUUGCGUUGUUCAAGAGAGAAGGCAUGUCUGCAGGAAAGUUGACUGAGCGUAAACCGGUUUAGAACAGCAAUAUACAUACUCACCGGCCACAUUAUUAAGUACACCUGAACUUUUAUUGUGUUCAUAAUUAGUGGUUUGCUUGAAAGAAAUCUGAAUGAUUAACCUUUAUUGAUAUCGUCUGAUGAGAUCCAUAAAUGUACUUAAGUAUGCACUAAAUAUUAAUAGUGAAUAUGUUUUCUUGUUUUGUGUCAUGUGUUUUCAGAAUGACUUCAUAUAAACAAUGUUAUCUCAUGAAUUAUGAUAAACCACAACAAAAAAAAAUAAAAGCGUCAUAAAAUGA